GAUCACUAUCUAAACAAAAAACUCCCCAGUUCCCGCUAUAAAAUACCUCGCAAUUUUGUUUCGCUCCUCAAAUUUCCAAUUUUAUUAUCCAAAUCGUUGAAGUCUCUUAAAUUUGGUUGGAUAUCGAACAUGUCAGGAAGAGGGAAGGGCGGCAAGGGACUGGGCAAAGGAGGAGCGAAGCGCCACCGUAAGGUUCUCCGUGACAACAUCCAGGGCAUCACAAAGCCGGCUAUUCGACGCCUGGCACGUAGGGGAGGAGUGAAGCGUAUUAGCGGCUUGAUCUACGAGGAAACGCGCGGAGUUCUCAAGAUAUUCUUGGAGAACGUGAUUCGCGAUGCUGUUACCUACACCGAACACGCCAGGAGAAAGACGGUGACUGCCAUGGAUGUGGUUUAUGCACUGAAGAGGCAGGGUAGGACUUUGUAUGGAUUUGGCGGUUAGAUGAUUUAGUGCCUAGGUUUUUAAUUAGGGGAAAAUUGUAGGGCUCUGCCAAAAUUACAAGCUGGGCUUCGUUGUUCACUGUUAUAGUUUGUAAUUUCGCAUAAUCAUUUGCAUGUUUUUAUUGAAACUUGAUGGUCUUUUUGUCAA